AUGUCCCAGUGGACAUCCCGACAAUCUGGUCACGUACUUCCCAUAUUUAUUGGUUCGGUCUAUGGAGGGCCCCAGUCUCGAUCUACAACGGGUUUCCAUCUUGCCGGUCUCGUUUACACCGCAUCCCUGUGUACCUAUACGACGAGCAACGGCUCCGAGCAGACCCCUCCGGACCAAUUGGCUUCUCCCUCCAAGCGUCGCAAUAUUGAAGAACUACCCAGCGGAAAACCAACAGCUCCCGAUGGCUCGCUUGCAUCUGAGAGUCCCGCGGCGGCUACGACACCAUGGGAGUCUAAGCCGCAGCAACCAGUCGCCGAGGAAAAACUAACGACCGUUGGGUUUGAUGUAAAACCCUCCAUUGAAAAUGACCCUGAGAUGACAGCAGCGGACCGAGAGUUCGACAUCCGCUCCAGACACAGCACAGCAUCAGGCCCCGACGAAGAAACCUCUCUCAUCCAGUCUACCAGGAUGUUACAGGACCCUACAGGCAGACUUCGUAUGCUAUCUCCUUUGGGCGCCGCAUGGGUCGAGUUUGCUAACCAUGUUUUCAGUCUAUGUGGGGACUCGGCGUCGCUGGCAUACCUGCAGCUCAUACGAAUGAUUGUUGAGGCGAGCGUCGGUCCCAGCGACUUCACAAUGGAUCCCAGCCGCCAUAAAAUCAUGGAGGCUACCAUAGUAAUGCCGACGGACAUACGCCCUCCGCACAUCCUGCCUGAUAGGGACACAGCCAACGCUUUGGUUGAUUCCUUCUUCACAAACACUCAUGGCCUGAUUGAGAUUUUCAACAGGGCAGCAUUUGAAAAGUCGUUCGAUGCUUGCUACUCGGAUCCACUGGCGGCCCAAUCUUCCUUUCUCUGCUUGCUGUAUUUGACUUUUGCCAUUGGUACGGUCCUUGGCACGCCACUUCCCGGUAGUAAGGAGGACACGAUCUUCAAGAAGCUCCGCGCAAGUGAAUACGACCGCGCAGAGCUCUUCUUCCGAAGCGCAAAAGCCCUCGGCGACCCUAUAACGGGGUUUGAAGAUGCAGACUUUUGGUCUGUACAGGCCCUGUCGUUGAUGGCCGUCUACAUGCUUGCGAUAUCAAAACGAAAUGCGGCUUAUGCUUACUUUGGUGAGAUUGAACCCUGA